AUGGCUACCUCCGGUAACUCGUGGCCUAACAGCCAGGAUGAUUAUGAACUGAUGGAAGUGAUCGGGGUCGGGGCCACGGCCGUCGUGCACGCCGCCUUCUGCCGCCCGCGGGGAGAGAAGUGCGCCAUCAAGCGUAUCAACCUCGAGAAAUGGAACACCUCCAUGGAUGAACUGCUCAAAGAGAUUCAGGCCAUGUCAAGCUGCAACCACGAAAAUGUCGUCACCUAUUACACCAGCUUUGUGGUAAAAGAAGAACUGUGGCUCGUUCUGAGACUUCUCGAAGGAGGAAGUCUUCUUGACAUCAUCAAACAUAAGAUGAGGAUCUCCAACUGUAAACAUGGAGUAUUUGAUGAAGCGACCAUCGCCACGGUUCUCAAGGAGGUGCUUAAAGGAUUAGAAUACUUCCAUCAGAACGGGCAAAUUCACAGGGAUAUUAAAGCAGGAAAUAUCCUCCUCGGUGAUGAUGGAACCGUCCAGAUCGCCGACUUCGGUGUGUCUGCAUGGCUCGCGACCGGCCGGGACUUGUCCAGACAGAAGGUGCGACAUACAUUCGUCGGGACGCCUUGUUGGAUGGCUCCCGAGGUCAUGGAACAAAAUCACGGUUAUGACUUCAAAGCGGAUAUCUGGUCGUUCGGCAUCACCGCGAUCGAGAUGGCCACCGGCACCGCCCCGUACCACAAGUACCCACCGAUGAAGGUACUCAUGCUCACGUUGCAGAAUGACCCGCCAACACUCGACACCGGCGCCGAGGAAAAAGAUCAGUACAAAGCGUACGGUAAGACUUUCAGGAAAAUGAUAUCGGAGUGUCUCCAGAAAGAUCCAACGAAACGACCUUCGGCGCCGGAACUGCUCAAGCACUCGUUUUUCAAGAAAGCAAAGGAUCGAAAGUAUCUCGUGCAGACGCUCGUCUCGAACGGCCCGAGCAUGGAGACGCGCGUGCACAAGGCCAGCAAGCGACAACCUGGAGCCUCCGGUCGUCUGCAUCGCAUGGAGACCGGGGAGUGGGUGUGGGAGAGCGACGACGAAGAGGACGAGGACGAUGACGCCGCCAGGGACCGACCCAUGAACACCCUCGCACGUGCAGACUCCUCCGACUCCGAGGGUGAGGAGCUUGGCGAAGGUCGCGCUGGUUUCACGAUCGGUUCGCUCACUGGUGGCGAGGCUCCACAGAUCGACCUCGUAUUGCGCAUGCGUAAUUCUAAGCGCGAGCUGAACGACAUCCGGUUCGAAUUCUCGGCCGGCAAGGAUUCCGCCGACGGCAUCGCCACGGAGCUGGUGGGUGCGGGGCUGGUGGAGGCGCGGGACGCCGCGUGCAUCGCCCGACACCUCCAGCGGCUGGUGGACGCGCGCCUGUUCCCCGGCUCGGCGCCCCCGCCGCGCUCGCUCACCUUCCGGCUGGACUCUGCGGACCCGGCCGCGCCCUCCGACGAGAGCACGCUGCUCGGGUUCGCGCAGAUCUCUGUAGUGGACUAAGCGCCGCCGCGCCGCAACCUGACGACCCGCCACGACGGAUCCCAUUAGCUCUUUAAUGUAACGUAGUUCGAUCGAAUGAAAUGUGAGUUUCGCGAUCCGUUUGGGUCGUGUGGGAGUGAAUCUGAAUUUGUAAAAAUUUGUGAUAGUAUUCUGUCGAUUUUAGUCGCUUCGUUAUUGAACAUUGUAUUCGAUUGUAUUGUUUUGCUCAUAAUUUUAUUUUGUAAAGUUUAUUAUUUUAUAGUUUAGCUGGAUAAGAUCUUGUGUAAUGUCAGAAAGUCUUACGGCGCAUAAGUACUUUUGUCAUCUAAACACGGUCAUUUUUCAUUUGAACUACCGCCGCCCCAUCAUCUUACAAGGCACGGGGACAUUGUGGCCGUGUGGAGUGAAAAGGAGCUUAAACUUGCGCUAUCCUGUAUUAUCAUUGGUGGUAAAAAGCGACAUAAUGUAUCCUAUGUAAACGUUAGUGCCAUAUGAGUAUGUUUCUUGUACACGAUGAAUAAACAUUGGCCGUACAGUCGCUACGGCCUUGAAUUUAAAAUUUCAGGUUUCUAUUGCACUAUAAGACGGUAUUUUACAUUGUUAUAUUUUGUUUGUUGCUUAUUUUGGAAGUAUUUUAAUAAUAAAAUAAAACAUGAUUUUAUCGG